CCGUUUGAACACUUUGGACGUAUCGUGCCGACGUCGGGCACGUGUUCGCGACAUCGUAUGCAAUUACUAAUUGCUCGUCCUUUCCGGUGAGACUUCUCUGUUUUGUGUGCGUGCCGGGUGCAUUUUGCGUGCGAACAAGUGCGCGUCCCGCUUAGGAGAUAUCCGAAGUCGUCCGUCUCGGGUGUUAGUUGUGCGCCGCCGAUGCGGCAAAGGGGACGGCGGCGGUGUCGGUGACCCCUGCACCUUUCGUCCGUCUACGACGGGUUCGAUGCGGCCGAUAAUAGUAUGGCGUCGGUGACCGCGCUGCUGCUGCUGCUGCUGGCCGUCGGCGUAACGGCGGUCAGGAGCGCCCGGGCCGACGUGCUCGGGUACACGGAUACGGUGCGGCUAGACCGUCAAGGGCCGCUCAAGGGCUUGCUGACGACGGUGGGAGGCCCCGGCGGUCAUCUCGACCAAGUGGAGGUGUACCUGGGCGUGCCGUACGCGUCCCAAGAGCGGUUCAUGCCGCCCGGAGCACCUCCCGCGUGGUGUGCUUCUUCGGCUAGCGGUGGCGGCGGCGGCGGCCACGGACACGGUCAUUGCCGGCCGCUGUUGGCCGAAUACCUGAAACCGGUAUGCCCGCAAAAGUUGCCUGAAAUAGGAGACGCCGCGGUCGGCGCUAACAAGCGACUGUCGGCCGUCCGGCAGAACUACCUGAAACGCCUGUUGCCGUACUUGGGCAACCAGAGCGAGGAUUGCCUGUACCUGAACAUAUACGCGCCACACGAUUCAAAAAGCGAGAUGAACGAAGAAAAUGAUAACAGCAAACCGAUAAAAAAAAGCAAGUACGCUGUGAUUAUGUUCAUUCACGGUGAAUCAUUUGAAUGGAACUCUGGCAAUCCGUAUGAUGGUUCUGUAUUGGCUAGUUUUGGGAAAGUUAUUUUCGUCACAAUUAACUACCGGGUGGGCGUUUUAGGCUUUUUGAAAUCAAACGGUGGCGAUAAUCCGGCCAGUAAUUUUGGCCUCUUGGAUCAGGUGGCCGCUUUGGAGUGGAUCAAGAAUAACAUACAAGCGUUUGGCGGCAAUCCAAAUGCGGUAACCGUGAUGGGACACGGUACCGGUGCAGCUUGUGCGAAUUUCCUUAUGAUGGCGCCACCAGUCAAUAACAACGACCUCUUUCAGAGAGCUAUACUUAUGAGCGGUUCAGCGUUGUCCGAUUGGGCUUUAGUAAAAAAUCCCAUUGUCAACAUGAUCCAAGUGGGCCAGUCGGUGAAAUGCGACACCGGAGAAGACGAAAUGUUCUUCGACUGUUUGCGCAGGAAACGUUUCACGGAUUUGGUUUCGGCCAAAGUAUACGCUCCUCCGUUCGCCGCAAAGUUUGGACCAAUGGUAGACGGUGUAAUGGUUACCAACGAACCGUUGCUAUUGCUCAAGGAGCACAAGAGUUUAAUGCGUAGAUAUAACGUUCUGAUGGGAGUUACAGAAUACGAAAGCUAUCAUUUAUUAGACAGCGUAUCUUUGGUCCACGGUAUGCUAGAAAACGAACAGCACAGCAUGUUAUUAGACUACAUGAAAGCCAAAUUUGAGCUUUUUCCAGAUCUCACGUUGACGGCUACACUCGCACAGUAUGCGGACCGUGAUCGAUCUUGGUCUUCGUCGGAUGUGUUGGAAAAUCGGGACGUCCUAUUGGAGAUUCUUAGCGAUGCCAUGGUCUUGGCCCCUUUGAGUCACCUCGCCGAUAUACAAUCAGAAGUCAACGAACACACAUAUUUUUAUGUGUUUACACACCGAAGCUCGUUCAACGAAUACGACGUGGCGAAGAAGAGCAUCAACGGCGAAGAUUUGCCGUACGUCUUAGGCGUUCCACUUGGUGGUAACACAAUCCAUUUUAAGACUCAGUUCGAUCAAAAAGAAAAGCGGUUAUCAGAGAUGAUUAUGGCGCAUUGGAGCAAUUUUGCUAAGACCGGUGAUCCGAGCUUUUCCAAAAGAUCUUCACAAGCGGACUGGAAGAUGAAUGCAAGAUGGCCGAAGUACAGCGCUGCAAACCACGCCUAUUUAGAGCUAAAUCUAACGACACGGCCAAGGGCUAAUUACAGAGUAAAUAAAUGCAAGUUUUGGAACGUCGAUCUUCCACAACGAAUUGAAGAAAAACGACAAAAAGACGCCGAACAAUCCAAGCUAUCGUUACCUUCUAUACCGACAAGAUUUAUACCGCCUUGGACCGAACACGAUUCGCCGGUAUUUAGCUUUCCCACUCCAAUGCCGGACGAUCCUAAUCAUUCCGGAGGAUUCCCCGAUGAUCCUAACCCAGGCGAAGAACCGUCGGCCGAACCAUCUGACAAGAGACCUCCGGAAGUCGAAGAGUCAUCGUCUUCCGUUGUCGUGUCUUUAAUAAUAAUAAUAGGUAUUUGUUUUCUGUUGGUAAAUAUUUGCGCCUUUGGCGGAAUAUAUUACCAAAGAGACAAACUAAGAGUGAGAGAACGACUGUUCAACAAUCGAUUUCGAUGUAACGAAGCCAACACGAGUCGAACAUUUGACGACGACGAAAAUGACGUUUACACGAAAGCUGAGGACCCAGAACUUGCAGACAUUCACAAGUUUGGUAAAAGUGAAGUUUACGAUUCGGUCGCGUUGGCCAGCGUUAAACCAGAAGCCAUUGGCGGCAAGCGGUUGGGAAAGUGGGCGGAAAUUUCUAGGCAGAGAAGUAGCAGCACCGUUACCAUGGAUCCACAUACCAGGGUGAAGGAGUGGAUUAACACCGAGAUAAUACAGAGAUAUUCUCCGAGAAUACUGAGGCGGCAAAGGAGGGAAGAGAAAAAAAGACAGUUGGUGUGUGCCGAAGACCCCGUCGAAGCCACCGAGAAAGUAUCGUCUGAACUAAGUCAAGUGAACAAGUCCAGAAAUAAAGUUUCCGUGGCUAUAGACGCUACUCCUGCGGCCAGGACAAUAAGUGUUUUGAAACAAACGCCUAUAGAGUUAACAAAAUCUAUGGAUGCGAUGGCGCAUCCUGAACGUGUGGAGAUAAAACCAUCGCUGUCUUUGGGUUCAAUCGGUAGGAAUCCCCUUAAGAGGAGCGACGCGAUGAACGAAUCUGACAAUAUGUUGUCAUCUACAGACACGUUGCACAAGAGCUCUACUAGUAUUCAGCUAAAGCCGGCUACAAAAGAGAAAAGGCCGGGAAUAAAAGUUGUGCACGGAUACUCGAAAUCAGAACCAGCCCGUGACACCUUUAAAGAAGUUCUGUAUAGUCAAGUAAGCAAGCCGAAAGCGACGAUGGCGUUAUCGAAAAAUCCUAGCUUCGAAUCGAGUACGCAUUAUGAAGACAUAAACGUCACUUCCAGAGAGUACAACGGAGGGGACUCGUCGAGUGUGGACAGCUUACGGCGGAUCAAGUAUCCGAAAGUGUUACCGGACUUCCCAAACGAUCGGAACUCGGGAUCGGCUGACCGACGGCUGUCGUUACCACCGCCCGCGUUCGCCUCCAUACCCGAAGGGGGUACGAUCAAAAUACCACCGCCUCCUCCCCCGCGAAUAUCGUCGACGUUGGGCCGAAAAAAAGACACGAAGUCCGAGGUGACCGUCAUGUUCGCCAAGACACCGACGGUCGCAAUACCGGAGGAACAUAAGUCGCUUGUCGUGCCGUGCGUCCCUAACAAAGUUUGCCCGCCAUCGCUGAAGAAAACAUCCAUUUCUUCGUCGGCAACCAACAGUAAGAAAUCGGAACCCAGAAUAGUGAUCAAGGCGGGUUCGAAGCAACAGCAACAGCCCAAGAGAGUGAAUAUACCGCGGGUCGUUCAUCCGCAGAACAGCGACAAAAGCAAAAGCAGCGGAGACAGCGGGGACACGGGCACGAUUAAAAGGAAGAAGAAGUGAACGUUGCGUUUGUUUUACUGUUACUAAUUUUUUUUUUACACGCCUACAUGUUUUUUACGUUAAUUAAUUGUCCUUUAAUGUUAAGAAUCUACUAAGUUUUGUUAUAGUUAUGUAUAAAGUAUACUUAAGUAUUUUUUUUUUUUUUUAUAUACACAUUCUGUAUGGUCCACCGAGGAAUGUUUCCUUUCUUACUACCUCGGUCAGUUGUAAUGACAUUAAGAAUUAGAUUAUUAACGAUAGGUUUUUUUUAUAUGUAUAAAAUUCCAUACAUUUAUUUUGUGAAUAGAAUCGAUAAUUGUUUGUGUAAACGAACUGCAUAAAAUUCGUAACCACCAUGACCGACAUUCGUGAACGUUGUUUUAACUUGUACUUGUAGUUUAUUUUGAUUAGUUUCAAUGAAACGAUUCAUUUUCUAAAAACAAUUUAGAAUAUUGUAUUAAUCCGCGUUUAAAUUUUACGAUCGAUUUAGUUUCACAUAGGAAAAAACAUAUAACUGUUUUGUGUUGUAUUUUUUGUAAGGAGGAUUACAAAUGCAACCAAAUAAAGACUGUUUUUUAAAAAUGAA